GCUCCCUCCCCGGUGCCGCCCGCCCGGCUGCCAUCCGCGAGCGGAGGGGCUGCGGCUGGCCCAGGUGGUUCUCCGGGGUGGGACUGGCUUCCUCGCCGGCUCCGGGCAUCCCUGCGGGGGGAGCGGGCGGGCGGCGGCCUGAAGCCGGGCGGGGCGGGGCUGCUGGAGGGGCUCCCGCUUGGCUCGGAGGGGGCGCCCGGCGGCCUCCUGGCCCGGCGUUGCGCGCUUGACGGGCGGGCGGGCGGGCGGGCGGGGCUGCUGCUCCCCCGCGGGAGUCGAGCCGGAUGGCGGGGAGCAGGGCGGAUGGCGGGGGGCGCCCCCGGGGCAGCCGAGAGCCGCCGCCCGCCUGCCCGGGUCCUGGUCCUGGUCCUGGUCCGGGCCCGGCCGCGUCCCCGCGCGCCCUGUGGGCCGAGCUGCAGGCGCUGCUGCCCGGCACGCGGGAGGGCUGGCGGCUGGAGUGCGGCGAGCGGGUGGAGAGCGGCGUCCGGCUCGUGCUGCAGCAAGCGGCCGACCUGCUGUACGCGGAGGGCGCCGGCCUCGCCCCCAGCCCCAGCCCCAGCCCCAGCCGCAGCCGCGCCUGCCUGCGCCUCAGCAACGUCCUGCUGGACUACGCCUGGGAGAAGCUGAACGUGGGGACCUGGCGGGACGUGCACGAGGACUGGCGGCGCGUCUACGCCUACGGCUGCGCCUUCAAGGCGCUCUGCCUGUGCCGCGCCGGCGCCGCCUGGCCCGAGGCGCUGCGCACCUGUGACCUGGGGCUGCUGAUGGGAGCCUCCGUCUGGGACAACGUCCUGGCCAGGAUGGUCGGCGUCCUGCAGCAGCAUCUGCCGCGCCCAGAAAGAGCCCCUGCCGGAGACGCGAAGGAGCCGCUUCCAAAGAGAAUCCGGAAGAGCUCCGAAUCCCCAGAGGUUCCACCGAUAAAAGCGGAGGAGAGGAUUUUGCAGCUUCACUGCCCAUCACUGGAACACUUCCGAGACAAUUUCCUGCUCCCUCAAAAGCCUGUGAUCCUGGAAGGGAUCAUCGACCACUGGCCCUGCAUGAAGAAGUGGAGCGUGGAAUACAUCCGCCAGGUGGCUGGCAGCCGCACCGUCCCUGUGGAAGUGGGCUCCCGCUAUACGGACGAGGAGUGGUCCCAAACCCUCAUGUCUGUCGAUGAUUUCAUCAGCCAAUACAUCGAGAAUGAGAAUCACACUGGAUACCUUGCCCAGCACCAGCUCUUUGAACAGAUCCCAGAGCUGAAGCGGGAUAUCAGCAUCCCAGACUACUGCUGCCUGGGCAGAGGCGAGGAAGACAGCAUCACCGUGAACGCCUGGUUUGGGCCAGCGGGGACCGUGUCGCCCCUCCAUCAGGACCCGCAGCAGAAUUUCUUGGCCCAGGUCAUGGGUCAGAAGUACCUCCGCCUCUGUUCUCCUGUCCAGUCGGAAAAGCUGUACCCUCAUGAGGGCCACCUUCUUCACAACACUAGCCAGGUGGAUGUGGAAGACCCCGACCUGGUGAAAUUCCCUCGAUUCAAGACGGCCGCAUUUCAGGCUUGCACCCUAAGCCCUGGCCAGGUUCUGUUUAUCCCAGCUAAGUACUGGCACUACGUGCGGGCCCUGGACACCAGCUUCUCUGUCAGCUUCUGGUGGUCAUAGCCUCAGCCCUUGAAGAGGGCGGCUCAGCUGCAGUCAAGAGCGGCAGAGAGAAAUCUGCUGCGCUGUGGGACUCAUGCGGCGUGGAGGCGCGCUCGCUCAAGAGUCCGAUUAAGAACUAGAAGCACAGCUAGGGAGUUCGGAACGGAAGUGUUUCCAGGCUGAGGCUCAUAGCUCUGACUUCAGGCCCUAGCGUUGUAUAAAGGAAGGGGUGCUGUGGUCAUGGUUUGCAGGAGUGUGGUCUGCCCCAGGAGCCACUCCCCCCCCCCCACUCCGCAAGACACAGUUGAGUUUCUCUUCGCAAGCGCUGAGCAGGCGGCAGGGGCCCCAGCGUGCAACCCAGAGCCCCUCAGACAGCCACCAGUGAAGAAGGAAAAUAUUGCAAGACUUUUUAAUAUCAGGAACUGAUGCCGGAAGCCCUGUGGCACAGUGUUGAAGCAGCUACUCUGGAAGGACCGGACCCUCGCCAACCAUCCCUCUACCGCCAUCUUGGUCUCACAGGAGGGAUUUUCCUGUUCUCCUUUGGGGUACUGGAGGAGAGAGGAGCAGCUGGCGAGCCUAUCGCUGUGCCUGGAAGAGGAGAAGGCAAAGCUGGCUACUGAAGAGCAGGAAGUGGCCCCUGUCUCUCCCCACCCUAAACCACGCAAAGCAGCACAGUUGGGCCCGCGCUGGGAAGCACUGCUGGGGGGGGGUCACAUGCCCACAUGAGGCUCUCUUCCUUACCUUGCUUGUUCUCUGUCUCCCGCCCAAGACACACUAAUAAAAGCUAUUUUGUUUUUGGA